CAAAGCCUCAAACAUAACCCAAAAAGUAGAAAGCAAAGGCAGAGGCAGAGACCAAGAGACAAGAAAGUAAGAGACAGAGACAGGGAUGGGGCUCAAGAACACAAUCUUUUUGGCACUUGUUGUUUCUUUGAUCACAAAGGAGGCCUUGGCAGAACAACAUGUAGUUGGUGGAAGCCAAGGUUGGGAUCAAUCCACUGAUUUCAACUCUUGGGUUUCAGGCAAAACAUUUAAUGUUGGCGAUCAACUUGUUUUCAAGUACUCUUCUGGGUUGCAUAGUGUGGUUGAACUAGGCAGCGAGAGUGACUACAAGAACUGUGAUAUUGGAAGUGCAGUCAACACCAUGAGUAGCGGCAAUGAUGCGGUGAAACUGAGCAAGCCUGGUACACGGUACUUUGCCUGUGGUACCUCGGGCCACUGCAGUCAAGGCAUGAAGGUGAAGAUUACAACAGGGAAAGGGAAUGCACCUUCAUCUUCUUCUACUACUACUACUUCUGCAGCUUCAACCUCACAAGGCUUCAUCUCUCUUGUGCUCAUUGCUACUGCAUUGUUGAUUGCUUCUCUGCUUCCCCAGUUUUGAUUCAUGAUGUGAAGUUGGGUUUGCAAAUCGUUCGAGCAUGGACUUGUUGACCAUUAUGCAUUUAUAUGUUAUUUUACAACCAAGUAGAAAAAUCGGCAGCUUAAGAGAAGAAUCGAUCGAGUUCUUGAACUUUAGUGAUGAGUGAGACAAUUUCAUCUUUUUGUGAGACUGAAAAGCAAUUAGAUUUUUUUCCCUCCUUGUGUAUGGUUUAAAUAAUUGGAUAACAUUGGUAAUGGCAUAUUUCUUUUAGUCAA